UCAGAAUGGCACUCGCCAGUCCCGCGCACUGUGCACACUUAUUCGUCAUGAUCAAGUCGGACAACACGUUGAUCCCAAUGGACCUGCGAAAUCUCGUAUUGCGGCCCUGUCUGGUUCAUCUGGGAAUGUCGAUACUGUCGGUUGCACACGUGCCGGAGCUGUAUGAAGGAGGUCUAAACAGGGCGCCAUCUCUGUGACUAAGGAGACAACACCCUCAUCCAGUGGGCAUGACAGGAUUGCUACUGUGGUCUAUUCUGGUUUAUCUGGAAAUGUCGUACUGCAAGUUCCGCGUCUGCAGGGUUUGCAAGUUUGAGCAUACACAGCGAGGAUGAGCUGCCCGUCGGCUGGCAACAUUAUCCUUUUUCACCUACAUAUACUACCAUGUACUGCAAACUGCAGGAUUUGCCCAGGCUUUGUCGGUAGACGACAAAUUGCAUUGCCGUCAACAUGAAAUUCGUGACAUCCAGGCACCUGAGCCGGGCA